AUGACAAAAACAAAGAGGUCAAUAGCCAAGGUUGAUGAGAUAGAAGAAACCGAACAAACCACCAACUAUCGAGAAGGUGGAAUAGAAGGACAUGGAAGAGUGGAUCAUGAAAUUGGAGAUUGUAGAAGAGGAAGCAGGGGAAGAGAAAUUCGUGAAGAAAGUCAACAUGAAGUAAAUGAGAAUCGUAGAACUGAAAGCCAUGGGAAAGAAAGCAAAGGAAGCUGUGAAGAAGAAAAUCAAUAUGAAAAUGAUCGCAAGAGUUGUGGAAUUGGAGAUCGAGGAAGAGGAAGCAAAGAAAGGAAAAGCCAUGAAAAAACAAGUCAACACGAAAAUAAAGGUGAAGCGAUUUUUGUUUCAAAUAACGAUUUCAAUAAUAUUGAUUCAAUCUACGAAGAAAUCGAAUCAGAUAUUGGUAAGAAAAAAGCGUAA